AUGGGUUUGGCAAAAACGCAUUUAGCAAAAACGCAUUUAGCAAAAACGCAUUUAGCAAAAACGCGUAUGGCAAAAAUGCGUUUGGCGAAAAAUCGUUCGGCAAAAAUUCGUUUGGCAAAAAUGUGUUGGGCGAAAAUGCGUUUGGAAAAAAAGCGUUUGGCAAAGAUGCGUUUGGCAAAAACGCAUUUAGCAAAAAUGCGUUUGGAAAAAAUGCGUUGCGUGAAAAUGCGUUUGGCGAAAAUGCGUUUUGCGAAAAUCCGUUUGGUAGCAAUGAGUUUGGUGAAAAUGCUUUUAACAAUAACGCGCUUGGCAAAAACGCGUAUGGCAAAAAUGCGUUUGGCUUAA